AGGGUGUCGAAACCCAUGCAUGAUUUACACUCUGGUCUGACACUUUGCUUUCUGGCCAGUCUCUCCACCAGAGAAUUACACAAACUAGAGAUUGAAGACUUAGAGUCAAUCGUCCAUUUCUCUGUGUACUGGAUUUAUUCUAAUGCAGAAAUAAAUAUGUGGCUUUGGAUUCUUUUCUUCUUUAAAAAUCUGAUGUGUGUCUCUUCAUAUAAACAUAGCAAUAUGUUUUCAAGUCCCUCAAACUUAAAUCAGCUUGCAGUGGACAGCGACACACACACGGUUUAUGUUGGAGCAGUAAACACACUUUACCAGCUCACGGAAGAUUUAAAGCUACAGCACAAAGCAGUCAUAGGCCCUGAGCUUGAUGAUAAAGAGUGUACCCCUCCAAUUCAUAUAUCUUACUGUCCGACUGCUAAACAGACAGACAACUACGUCAAGCUGUUGCUCUUGGACAAACCCAAAGAAAGGGUUGUUGUUUGUGGGACUCUCUUCAGAGGACUGUGUGCAUUAAGGAGUUUGACAAACAUCAGUAACGAGCUCUAUUAUGUGAAAGAUAAGGGAGAAAAAUGUUACGUCGUAACCAAUGAUGAGAACCUUUCAACAGUUGGUCUGAUAACUACUGUAUCAGACAAUAGACUCAUGUACGUCGCGAAAGGCAAUGGACAGUUCGAUAAUGGGUUUGUUAUCAGCAUUAGACUCUUGGAUACAACUCCAGGCAGUGAUAAAGUGCCAUUUGAGACGAUCUCUGAGGCUUUAGUUUAUAAACAGGACCGUAUACGUAAUCAUCCACGAUUUUUGUCUGUGUUUGAAACAGAUGAACAUGUUUACUUUAUCCUGUCCAGACUAGAACAAAAACCUGAUGGCAAAAACAAAACCUCUAUUGCACGCCUGUGCAAAAGCGAUAUUAACUUCUAUUCAUACAUCGACAUUGCCUUGGAGUGUGAUGGUAGCACAUUCAACAUCGCACAGUCUGCAUAUGUCACUAAUCCUAGUGAAGAAUUAGCAAGGAGCAUGUCGGAUUCAGGUAACUAUGGCGAUGUGACAACACACGAUAAGGUGCUGUUUGUUGUCUUCACGAAAGUGGAUAAAGGAAAACCCUCCAAGAUGUCUGCUUUAUGCAUGUUUCCUUUAAAAAUAAUUAAUGACAAAAUGGAGAAAGUACGCGCUAAAGCCUACAGUGGUGAAAAGACAACUAUCUACAAUCCCUAUGGAGAAACAAAGGUUACGAGUAGCAAAGAUGGAGAGCUGCAUGAGGCAUUUUAA